AUGGCGGUUCAAGUGGCAGAGCCGACGGCGGUCGUCUUCCAUGCCCGCGAGAUUCAGUCGUGUCGACGCAUGGUGUCCACCAUGCGCUGCGUGAUUGUCAUCUCUGAGUUCUUUCACCGCCUGCGGGACGCCCUCACCGCGUACCUCCGCGCCAGGCACACGUACGUCUUGCCCGUCCAGUCUCCUCGGGCGUACACCCAUUGGCGCUUUCGAACGUCGAUGGCCAUCCGCAUUCAGACCCGAUGGCGAAGCUACACUCGCCGCCAGACCUUGCAGAGCCGGUUGCGAGCUCGCCGAAAGUACACCGUGAAAGCAGGCAUUCCAACGUAUGAGCACGCCGCCACGAUCAUUCAAAAGGUGGAGAGAGGGCGGCAAUGCCGGAGGCACCUCGAGCAACGACGGCGUCAAGUGGUUGUGAAGCGAAACGUGUAUGGCAAGGCACAAUGGUCGGUGUUCGACGAGAUCGUGACACCUCAAGUUCGCCUGGCGCGGCUGCAUCGCCAGCGCGUCGAGUACAACCUGUUGGUGCACCAACUAGAAGAAAGUGCCGCCACAAAAAUGGCUGCCCUGGAGAGGCAUCGUACGCUCGACGCCUUGUUGCGAACAACUCCACCAGACCAACCCAUUCAAACGAACUUGAUCGACGGCUACCCAUCCGCAUAUGCCCAUGACGUCGUCGAGCGAUUUUUGGACCGAACGAUGGCCACGGUCAUGGCGCACGUUGACGCAGCCAAGAACGAGCUGCGGCAAGCAGCCGUGAACCACCCGCUCCUCCACCACGCCGCUACCUUGAUCAGUGCCAGAUUUCGCGUCGUGCUUUGCAGGACACCAUUCCUUCGGCUCCGGAACGCGACGCGGGCGACCGAAAUUCGGUUUAGACGGUCGAAAGCAGCGUCGCUCGUUCGAAUGAACCGUGCCAUGCAUCAACGGGCGGCGGUGCGAGCCAAUCAUGCCGCGACUGCCAUCGCGAGCUGGUGGAAGAUGCUCACGUCUAUCGCGCUUCGCACGUCACUGCGGAAGCGCCGCGCCCACGUGCAGCUCCAAGCUCUGUUGGCCAUCGUCGUGGCCAUCGUGCCCAAAGCCAAAGCUGCCAAGCGGCGAUAUCUCGUCUCGACUGUUGAGAUGCGAUACCGUGCCCUGGUAGCGACUCGGCUCGUCGCAAAGGUCUUUACAACGUGGCGAGAGUAUUCCAAGCAACUUGUGGCGCUGAAGCAGAGGCAGCUAGCGGCAGAAGAACGGGGCUUGAUUUCCUACGUUGACAAGUGCGUGCGUCGGAUACAGCGAAGUGUCAAGCACUUUUUGCAGUUCACGAGGCCGCAGUACACCAAGGCCGUGCUGGCGAGUCUGCAUCCAAUCGUGGCCCAUUACCACGACCAGUGCCACGGCGACUUGGCGAUGCUAGCGCACUCUGUCGAGAGCGAUGUGAAAGCGUGGUCGUGCGUCCCGUUGACACUGUGGACGCACAUGGCCAACGAUUACUUGAUCCCGCUCGCCCUUCCCGACCCUCCCGAUUCAUGGUGGCCGGCCGCGCUAGAGCUCCUGCGGUUGGACACCAAGACUGUCGACCGAUGGCCAUGGCGGGUGUGCGUGUUGUCAUUUGUGGACGCGGUGAGCCCGCAUUACGCCGCCAUGGACGCUCUCGCAAUACAACUGUUGGAGAUUGAGGCAAAGCAUGAGCUGGUGUGUGUUGCGCGGACCUACCUCGUGCUCCUCUUUCAAACCCACCGUGCCAGCAUACAUCACAAGGUGGCCACACGGGUAGAGCGCGAGCUGACGCGACGGUUGGAGCAUGACCAGGGCAUACGGCGUCAAUUGCAUGCGUCGCCCAGUACGACCACGACGGCGGCCGUGGAGUGCUACAGCCGUUUCCAUAGCGACACUGGGCCAAGCCCCCGUCUGUGCUCGAAUUGCUUUGCCAUGUUGGAAUAUGCCGUGUACCCAACGUGCUGCCCGUGCGGGUUCACCUACAUCCGCCGUCCCACGGCCUCCAUCUGCGUGCAUCCUGGCCUUUCGGGCGAUGCAAACAUCGACGGUCCGCAUCGCUUUGACUUUGGCGAACGCAGCGACCUCCUCCUCGUCCACGCAUUCUUCCAUGCGCUGGCGCCUCUUGGCCACUCCAACCGACUGCUGCAUCCACCGCAGAUGUGGCGGCUUGCAGUGGCGCACGCCCUGCCUUGGAUCGAAGAGCUGAGUUCGCAUGACUUGCAUACGCUCGAUGCUGUCUGCGCGCUGCCCCAAAAGUUGCUCGACAACGAGAUGGCACUGCCAGUCCGAGUCCACAAGCUCUUGGUCGCGCUCAUCAUAGAGCUCGAUCGUCAAUGGGUAGAAUGCACAGCAGCUGCGCGUUAAGUAUUCGUCAUGGCUCGUCGAUUUCCUCGGCAUCGCGCCAGACUCCACCCUUCCUCAUGGCUUCUGCUCCAAGUGAACCCGCGCUCGAGGUGGGCAAGAGCUGCAACGCAGCUAAGUUCGACGAAUAGUUGAGA